AUGGCCCUUCUCGCCGCCCGCCGCGCCGCCGCGCUUGUCCGCCCCACCGCCGCCGCGGCAAUUCUCCGCCACACCCCCGCCGGGGCGCGGUUCUCGUCGGCGACGGAUUACAGACCCUUCGUUCGAGGCAUCCGCAAAGGCUCAGAGUUCCUCCGCGCCGAGAAGGAGCAAUCCUCCCGCCCCUCCGCCGCCGAGCUCCGCGCCAAGGCCGACUCCCUCCGCGCCGCCACGCACGACGGCGAGAUCGUCGGCGUCCUCAACUCCGUGAUCCAGUCCCGCCGCCGCGACCUGGUUAAGGGGAUUCCGAAGGACUUCCCUUUCGAAAUCAGCAGAACGGAUGGGAUUCCCCACAUUACUCUUACAAGAAGUCUAAACGGCGAGCAGAUUGAGGUCUUGGUUUCCAUGCCUAAACUCGACCAGGACAAGGAUUGUGACGUUGGUCUGCAGGAAGACGAAGCCGAGAUCUCCCCAGAAGAAUACAUCAUUCCUGUCAGGGUCACUGUAUCCAAGGCUGACGGCUCAAGCCUAGAAUUCACCUGCACUGCUAAUCCUGAUAAUAUUGUCAUCGAGACCUUGUUCAUGAGGCGGAACAAGUCAUCAGGGGCAGAGGAUGCGGUUGCGUCGGAGGGCAAGGAACAUGAUCUGGGUUUAUUAGAUGAAGAGGGUCCUCAUUUCCAGUAAGUAGAUCGAUUAAACUGCCUACGUUGGACAUUAUAAUAGCUGAAUUCCUGGAUUAACCGCUUGCUAAUUUCUCUUUGUUGAUCUGGUGCGUGCAGUGAGCUGGAUAAGAACCUGCAGGAGGCAUUCCAUCAGUAUCUGGAGGUGCGUGGGAUCACACCCAUGACUGCGAAGUUGUUGCGCGAGCACAUGAUGAGCGAGGACAGCCACCUUUCGCCGAAAGAGAAGAGCGAUCACAGGCGCAGGCAUCUCCUCUGGCUGAUGAAGCUGUGGAAUUUCGUCAAGAAAGAUUAACACUAUGUGCGUCUUGAUCCAUCCCGUGCAUUGGGUUGGAUGCAUCGUUUUCUUCGCUCGUUCUGUUUUGUCAGAUCUCUGACACUCAUCCUCUAGACUAGACUAGCCAGGGUCCUUUUUGUUAACUGUAUAAGUUGAUUUUUUUUUGGCCUUAUUUUGUAGAGUAAAACUUGUCAGCGGAAGUUCAGCUUCAUGCAUCGACUUUGUAACGAUAUAUAUUAAUUGUUCAAGUGAGCGUUAAGUAGCAUAAAA